GUCGUUUGACACAUACCCCAUCUUUACAGCCUACCCGGCAGACGGAGACCUUAUAAGCUCGUUGGGUGUCGGGGAGGGGUCACGUGUCGGGUCCUCGGCCAAUGGGAGCGCCCCUCGCGUGUUUUGCUAGGCUCUUCUCGGAGAGGACGGACGACGAACGAACGGCUGGGAUGUUUUCAAAAGCGGAGAUGAACGUCACACUGCCGUAGGCGACGGCAAGCGUCCACUAUCUAGCCAAAGAAACUGUUCACAAUUGCGCAGUUUUCACUCAUAGCCGGACGCGAAUGAGUCGGCGGCGACGCGGAAACCCCCAGUUUAAAGGUGCAUGAUGGCCCCACUGUGCUGUAGCUGUCGCAGCUAGUCAGGUGCUGCACCAUGGCCAAACCUGGGAGUGACAGAGAUGGAGCCAUGGUGGAUAAGCAGGCGGGGAAGAAGAGCAAAGAUAAGUUGUCCCCUUUCACCAAAACUCCAAAGCUGGACCGGAGUGAAUUGCUGGGGAAGGAAGGGAAAGCCAAGUCUUCCAUGAAGCGCAAGCUGUCCUUCACCACCAGUCCGCCCCGGACAGAGGAGCGAGACUCAGACACUGAUGACUCAGACCCAGGCCAGUCGAGUGAGACCUGGGGAGAGAGAUUAGUGCCUCCCUGCAGGAUAUACGCAGAUAAAGAUGGGCCAGACAAGAAGAAGGUGAAAAAGGAGGCUGGGGGCAAGAAGUCCCAGGCUCCCAACCUUUUGUUUGGGUAUCCGCUGUCAGAGCGCAAACAGAUGGCUCUCCUUAUGCAGAUGACUGCCAACAGUCCAGACUCUACGCCCAGCCACCCCUCUCAAACGACCCCUGUGCAGAAAAAGGUCCCCAGCAGCGCCUCGUCCCGACAGAAGGACAAGGUCAACAAGAGGAACGAGCGAGGGGAGACGCCCCUUCACAUGGCCGCCAUCCGUGGAGACGCCAAGCAAGUUAAAGAGCUCAUUAGCCUGGGGGCUGAUGUCAACGUCAAAGACUUUGCAGGUUGGACUCCUCUCCACGAAGCCUGUAAUCUCGGUUACUACGACGUGGCCAAGGUCUUAAUAGCUGCGGGUGCAGAGGUGAACACGCAGGGUCUGGAUGACGACACGCCACUUCACGAUGCGUCCAGCAGUGGGCAUAAAGACAUUGUGAAGCUGCUGCUGUGUCACGGAGGAAACGCCUUCCAGGCCAACAAGCGCGGCGAGCGGCCGGUCGACGUGGCCGACUCCCAGGAGCUGGAGCAGCUACUAAAGGGAGAGGUUCCACUGUCGGCCCCGGACGACAGCUCUUCAGAGUCCGAAGACCCACCAUCGGUGAAUCCUUCUAGUGUCGAUGACGUCAUGGAAGACUCGGACACUGAGAAGGACUCGGACGGCAAACCGGCCACGAAGGCUUCCUCGUCCGUGACGGGGCUGGACGAGUACGAGUUCAAGGACGAGGAAGAGGAGGAGGAUCUCAGCAAAGCCCUGAACGAAAGACACAUCCUCCGGCGGGACCUACGGCAGCGGGAGAAAGAGGAUGGAGAUAGGAAUCACGUGGCCGCAAAGCAGAGCGGUAAGGGGGAUUCCUCCUCCAAGUCGAAAAAGCAGAAGACCGCUCGCGUCCAAUGCAGUUCGGAUACAUCCAGCGACGAAAUGGAAAGCCUCCCGGAAAAGAAGAACUCGCCCACCUGCUCUCAGAGCUCGGAGAGCCUGAAGGUGGACACGAGAUCCAAGAAGGACAGUGCCGAGCAGAAGGACAAGGGUAAAGUCAAGAGGAAGAGUAAGAGCCAGAAUAAAAACAAGGAAAACCAAGAGGACGGUAAAGAGAACAGUAAAACGUUGGUCCUCUCCCUCGCGACCGUGUCGGAGAGCACAGAGAAGGGUCGCGAGGAAGACUCCUUCAAGAUGUCCUUCAGUCCCAAAGACGACUCGUCCGUCCACCUCUUCCACUUGUCGUCUAUCAAAUCUCCCAAAGUGAACCACAGCCUGACAGAUAAACAGACGCCGCUCAAACAAGAAAAUACUAAGACGUGCGUGUCCAUCAGCGACGCCUCUUGUCCGGUGGACGGCGUCAAGUUCAACCACUACGCAGACGCAGACUACUGCACCGAAGGCUCCAGCACCAAGGGGUGCAAGCACAAAGAGAAGAGCAAGCAUCAACAGAAAGAGUCGAGCGUCGACGGCGACGACGGUCACUCGAGCCCGUACAAAGACGGCAGCAUAGGAAACAGCAUGGACGGCUCUGAAGGUGCCUUACGGAAGACCGACUUAGACGUCAAGGUAGUGAAGAAGCAUAAACUCAAACACAAGGAGAAAGACAAACACAGGAGGGAGUAUGAGGCGGAGCGGAGCCGCCACAGGCAGAAGGAGGCCAGGAAAGACAGCCACAGGAAUUUGGAAUUUGACAGGGAGUUCUGGAAAGAGAACUUUUUCAAAAGCGAUGAGACGGACGAACAGCUGCCAGUGAAAAGGGAAGGUGAAGACACCGGCUCGCUGCAGAAGACCUCCGACUCCCCCGCUGUCAAAGAAGAGAGAAACGCAAAGGAGAAACACUCCAGCAGUAAAGAGAAGAGGCCGAGAGAGGAGCGAGACAAAGCCGUGAAAAGAGAGCGGAAGGAGGCUGCGGCCAGCAAAGAGGAGAAGGUAAAGGAUUCAAAGCUGAGCGAGCGUGACGAGAGGGCGGACGGCCACGGCUCAGGGCGGAUUCCUGAGGAGUCGCUGCAGAGCAGCAGCGUGAAAGACGAGACGGAGGAGAAACCCAUAAGUGGGAUCACAGCUGAUCAGGAACAGCUGGAGCCUUCUGAAAAGGGCUCACGCGAAAAAACUGACAAGAGGCUCCUGGGAAGGGAGAGGGAGUCCGAAAAAAUGGAAAAGAGGCAUCCUGACAAGGAAAAAAAGUUGAAAGCGGAACACUCGGACAGAGCCGAAGCACAGAAUUCCGUGGAUCGUUGGAAGGAUAAAGAAAGAACAGGAGUUCCUUCCCACUCGCCCGGAGAUAAAAGCUACAAAGAGAAUGAGAAACUGAAAUCUCUAUCGACGAUAAAAAAGCAUGACGACGGACGAAAAAAUAAAGAUAAGUUUGAUAAACGCUCCGACCGGGAGAGGCAGGACAGAGAGUACAGCGCCGGGGACCACAGAGAAAAGGAUCGCACAAACUCGGACAAGAGAGGAAAACCUCUGGAGAAGACCACUGAUCAUAAAUCCGAUCGCUCCAAAGAAAAAGACUGUGACCGGAAGAAGAGGGAUAAAGUAAAAGAUGGGGCUCUCUCCUCGAGCUCCAAUCUGAAAUCACUCUUAGAGGAGAAGAAGAGCUACCUGUCGGAGAGCGGCAAGUCCUUAUCUACGAAAUCCAAGGAGGAGGUCGUGAGGACGCCGGAGAAGGAUCGCGAGCGCAGAGACCGCGACAGGGACUCGGAGAGACACCGGGACAAAGAGCGGCACAAAGAGCGCUCCCAGCAGGCCAAGGUCAACAAGGUCAAACCCGGCGAAAUGGACGCGGACAAGGCCAAGUCGAAAGCCUCGCCGGCCACGCGAGACGCCAAGCCGAAAGAGAAGAGGCUGGUGAACGAUGACCUGAUGCAGACCAGCUUUGAGCGCAUGCUCAGCCUGAAGGACCAGGAGAUUGAGCAGUGGCACCGGAAACACCUUGAGAAGAUCAAACAGAAAGAGCGAGAGAGACUCAAACAGCGACCUCCGGCAGAGGCUGGGAAGCCCAGGCCCAAAGACAGAACGAAGGCCGACCCGAGUUUGAGUAAAGAGCUCAUGCGCUCGAAAAGCUCCGAAGUGUCUGACGUCCAUGGCCGAGAUAAACCCCCGAAGGACGCCGCCGGCCCUCGCACGGUGUCGCUCGACGGCAAAAGUCUGCCCUCCAUCGGCGCGAAGGUCAUGUCGGCGGUGGAGAAUUGUCUGACCAGAUCGCCCCGACCGGAGAGCGAACGCUGUGGCCUCAUGUCCAGGUCCGUGUCCCUGGUCUCUGUCGCCAGCUCGGAGGAUUCGUGCCAGGCAACGACGCUGACGCUGACGCCCAGACACGGCGAGUACGACUCCGACAUGAACCUGGAAGCCUCCGACUCUCAACCCGCGUUCCUCCAGUCUUCCCUCGUCAUCCAGGCCACCAGAUCGCCGUCUGUUCACGAUAAGGAGUGCAACAGUCUUCCAGAUGUGCUGCAGAGCAGUCGGACGCCGCUGUCCGGCAGACACGAAUCCCCCUACCUCAGGGCCAUCCUGGACGAGGACGCAAACUCCUCGUCGACCGAAGGUCAAGCCGUCGAACAUCUGCCAAAACCCAGUCUGCCCUCCGAGGAGGCGAAGACGAGCGAGGCCUCGGCAGAGACGGAGGAGAGAGAAAAUAGUCAACAAUACGUGAAUUCAGUGGCUGAUUCAUUCGUGGAGAGAGACGCGAGAGAGACUCCUUGCUGCUUGACACCACAAAUGUCAAACAAGGAUCCUCUGAAUAAAAACCUGCAUCUACAUUCUACCAGCCUCUCGCAGUGUAGUGGCUCUCAAACUGGCUCAACGGAGCAGAAAACUCUUCCCUCUGACUCUUCUACGGCGAAGGAAGUCCAGUGUCUGACGGAACAUUCACAGACAGAAUGUAGCAGCGAUCAUCCUGAUCCACCGUCGGUACCUGCAGCUUCUGUAUCCGCUGAAACAUCGGCACUGGCAAACACCCAGCAGAGAGAACCACUCCUGUCCUCUGGUGCGGAGACCCAGCAGCAAACAGAACCCGGCAGCACCGCACAGGUUUCUGACGACAGAGAGAAAGUUCACGAGAGCACCACUGACGGACCAGAACCAGAGAGCAUGGAAAUCGUUCCCGAAGGCUUCAGAACAGAAGGGACAGAAAGUCCUGUGCCGUCCACCAGCUCUCACAUUCCCAGCUCCGCCGCCGCCACAGGGGAGUCUCUGCCGGGUUUCAUCGGGACGAACACCGAGUCUAAAUAUUCUCAAGAGGACAUGGAGAUAAACGACCACGACUGUACCAAAUCAAAACCUUCCAGCGGCGCCGCGAGCCCGCGUGUCGAUGUUCAAUCGGAGAGAAGAAACAGCGUGCCGUGUGCGAGCCCUGUACAGAAGUCAGAAGAGACGGCCGACGUCCCACAGAACAACAACGGCGUCGCUGCUGGUGUUUCUGCUACAGACGAACAAUCGCCAGCUGAGAGCAGCGAGGCCUCGUCCGAAUCCAGAGCAGAGUGCUUGUCCGAGCCGAUGGAGGUGACGCCGGCCGACGAGAAGCCCGAGUCGUCUUCGUCCGGUGAAGAGCAGAGUCAAAGCUCCAUCCAGUCGGGAUCUCAGUCCGACGUCAGCAGCAGCAGCUCGGGCAGCUCGUCGCCACAGUCAGGAGACCGGGAGUCGGAUUCCUCGGGGGCAAAGAUCAAGGUUCGAUCGUCCGACGAGGAGGCGGACGUCCACGUCGCCCACCCACGCAAGAGAAAGAUGCCCAAGAUGUCGACCUCCUCGCAGCCGUGCUCCGCGUCCCCGCAGGAGAAGGAGCGGGGCCAGCAGCAGCAGCAGCAGCAUCAGUCUCUGGCUGCGAUCGUGGACUCGGUGAAGCUGGAGGAGAUCCAACCGUACCAGACGGAGCGAGCCAACCCGUACUACGAGUUCCUGCACAUCCGGAGGAAGAUCGAGGAGAAGCGCAAAGUGCUGUGCAGCGUCACCCCGCAGCCGCCGCAGUAUUACGACGAAUACGUGACCUUCAACGGAUCCUACCUCCUAGACGGGAACCCGCUCAGCAAGCUCUGUAUACCCACUAUAACUCCGCCUCCGUCGUUACCUGAGCAGCUGAAGGAGAUGUUCAAACAACAAGAAGUCGUCCGCAUGAAGCUGAGACUACAACACAGCAUCGAGAGGGAAAAGCUGAUUGUGUCCAACGAGCAGGAAGUCUUGCGAGUCCAUUACCGGGCGGCGAGAACACUGGCCAAUCAGACGCUGCCUUUCAGUGCCUGUACAGUUCUACUGGAUGCUGAAGUGUACAACAUGCCCCAGGAUGUCCAGGUCAGUCAUAACGAAGAUGGUAAGACGUCGGUGAGAGAUCGAUUCAACGCCCGACAGUUUAUGUCCUGGUUACAAGAUGUUGACGACAAGUUUGAUAAACUGAAGACAUGUCUUCUGAUGAGGCAGCAGCACGAGGCGGCGGCCCUGAACGCCGUGCAGCGUCUGGAGUGGCAGCUCAAACUGCAGGAGCUGGACCCGGCCACCUACAAGUCCACCAGCAUCUUCGAGAUCCCCGAGUUCUACAUCCCACUGGUGGAGGUCAACGACGACUUCGACCUCACCCCGAUAUGAACGAACCUGUAGGAGCGGGGGCAUUACUUUGCCAAAGCGGCGACGGCGGCGGCGGCCAUAUCGCACGGCACACACACAAAAGGCGGCAAGCCCACACAUUCAAGGACGAGGAAGGAAAAAAUGUGAAAGCACUUAGAAUGUGGCGGUAAAACAAAACAAAGGAGCACUUAGGAAAAGAGACGAUGUUACUCCAGAGCUCUUGAGAGUCCAAAAGGGGGGGGGCGUGGCCUGACCAGGAGGAAGAAGGGAGGGGGGGAGGGGGUCCUGGCCACAGAUGAAGCCCAGGGAGCAGAGACCAAAUGCUGGGCCAGGAGCUGCAGCAAGAAGCGUCGGUGUGGAUGACGACGACCUGCUGCCGCUCCUCAUCAUCACGCAGCUGAAAGAUUUCAGUUGUUCUUCAAAGUGCGUGUUCAUACUUUGUGUACAGAUUGUGCUCUUAAUUUUUUUAACUUAUUUUAUACAUAAGGAAAAAUGUGCAUUUUGUAAAUAGCCAUGUAAUUAUUGUUUCAAACUUGUAAAAAACAAAAAAGAAUAGAUAUUUUGAUUGUAAAACUCGUUCCGUCUCCUGUUUUAAUGGACCAAAGUUGGUUUUUAUAUCGCGUGUCCUCUUCUCGUCCGUGACGUUAUCGUUCUUCUUCUUCUUCUUCUCGUUGUCGUUGGCUUAAAAAAACUUUUAAGCAUGUGUUUCUUGGCUUUUCGUUGUGUUUUUUGGCUUUUCGUUGCCGUCUUUUCUUCCUUCCCUCAUCUGGAGUUCCGAUGCCACAGCUGGUGUUUUUUGACUUUGGCAAUUAAAUGCUGUGCAUGCGUUGCGUUAUUUGUACUUUUUCUCCCCUGAAGAGCUGUUCUGUGGACUAAAUUGUGAGGUUUACUGAAGUGUGUUCCAGCUUCUUUUUCUUUUUGCGCCAUCGUGUUCUGUCCUUUUUUCCUUUGCGGCCUCACUCCUCACGUGUGUCGUCCGUCGUGUCUCGCGCACACUAAAGUCCGUCGUGGCUUCCGAGGAGGAAAGAAAAAAACAAACAAACAUACUUUUACAGUUUCAAUGUGAGAUCACAACAAAUCCUAUUUUUUCAACAUAAUGCCUUUUUGAACGAUAGUUCUAAAAAAAUGUCUAUUUUAAUAUUUACUUGUUACAUGACCUGUACAUAUUUGUAAUAUAUAAUUGAAUAAAUUUUAUUUGUUGUGAAAUUAAAA